UCGAGCUUAGCUGAGGGGUGACACAGGGAACACCUGGCGCUUGACCGCUGGGUGCCACAAGGGCGACAUGGCUCGGCGGGUCUGCAGUCCGAUGAUGUUGCCCAUAGCACUGGUGCAGGCCUUUUUUAUCCUAACCGUCAGUGGCAUUUGGCUCUGGGGCUUUGGUCUGUUUUGGACUUUUAUGGUAGUUGAACUGCCCAAGGACCUUGGCCCUUACAGCCAGAUGAGCUCAUUGUCCAUGUUCCUCCAUGGGGCUUUCCCAAUGAGAGAUACCAACGAUGUCAAGUACGAGUUCAAGUUUGACCAUGUGUUGAUCCUGGCCAACGUCAUAGUGCUGAUGAUGAUGGGCUGGGCGCCAACCAGGUCAGAAGUUGAAGAAGAAGCAGAUGAAGAUUUGGCAAAGGCCAGCAAAAAGUCUAAAGCCAAAAAGCUUGCCAAAGCUCUUGACACUAAAGAGUGAGUGUCACAAGUAUUUGGGUAUGGCCGAAGAUUAACACUUCAAACUGAAAUAGUUUACUGUACUUGCGGGUCCAUUGGCUCCCCUUGUUUGAGCCAUACCCAGUAACGGUGUCAAAACGUGUCAGUAGAGGGGCCUCAGUCCCACUGCUCAAAACAGCUGCAGUGCCCACUGAGUGCAAAAAGCCCUCUCAUGGACCACCGUUGGUGCUGAAAGGGAGAUGAGCAAACUCCCAUUGCGCCAUAGGAUCACACCUGGAAAAGGGAAAAUGUCCUUAGCUGGACAAUUCAGAAGUGCCAAGGAGUUUUGGUGCACCAUGUGUCACCCAGAUUGGCGCAAGACGUGGCAGGCUGAUGUGCCAAAAAUGCGUGGACCG